AUGCCAAAGUUUAGCUUUUCUACCCAAGACCUAAAGAGAUCUUUACCUGAUUGGUAUAAAAGUGCUUUAUUUAAUGAACUUUACUAUAUCUCUGAUGGAGGAACAGUUUGGACUUUAAUAGAUAGUAAUGAUAAGUUAUCUCUGCAUGAUCCUAGGAUAGAAUAUGGAAGAUUUGCUUACCUGGAAGGCCAUGAAUACCGUAUGUACAAUACAUAUGAUGUUCACUUUUAUGCCUCAUGCUCCUUGAUAUCACUUUGGCCAAAACUCCAACUAUCUGUCCAGUAUGACAUUUGUGAUGCUAUUGAAAGAGAAGACAAAACUAGAACAUGGUUUUUAUAUAAUGGGAAGCAUGGUUACAGGAAAGUCAAGGACACUGUGCCUCAUGAUUUAGGGGAUCCAGGAUUCAGCAGAAUCGAAACUGUGACUUCCUCAGUCUCCCAAAAUCGCUUUAAUUCCUCCUGUGAAGAAGGGCUGGUCUGUGUGAAAAUAGUACGUACUGAAGGUAUAGGGCUUUGGCUUUUCGAGAGGGUGUCCCCAAAUAAUACCCAUCCUAAUGAGGGCAAUACCCUGGCUGAAAACUCAUAUAUAUUGCUAUUUCUUGUCGAACCCAACUUCACUUUACUCUCAGCUGAAGAUGAAGAUAUGGAGGUAUUACCUACUCCAGACACCACAAGAGGACUGACGAAGGCGCAACUUUUUCAUUAG